AUGAUGAUGUCGGACGACGACGACGACACUGAACCCCAGCUCAACGCGGUGGAGAGCUACUACUUCGUUGACCCCACGGACGAGAACGAGCCUGUCUGCUUCUGCACCCUGCCUUUCCGGUUCGGGGACACUGAUGAUCUUCCUGGCUGCAAGAAGAGGCUGGUGCUGCGCGGGACUGGUGACCCGGGCGUCAAGGUGUACAAUGAGGUGGUGGCCUGGAGACUGGUGCUCGAGGGGAAGCAACCCCAGUUGGCGGUGCUCACAGCAGAAGGUAGACAUUGGGUACGUCUCAUUAGGCCCUUGAAAAGCUACGAGGAGAUGAUCAGGACUGUGCUGAUCACGGCGCAGAUGCUGCAUUUUCUCAGGAGGAAGCCUCAUGAGCCAGAGAAAACCUUGUGGAACCACCUUUGCAAAGUUUUUAACAAGUUUGAUGUCAGACCCUCAGAGGACGAUUUCAGGAACCACCGCUCACUGAUGAAGCAGUUCGCGGCAAAAGAUCCUAUCUUAGCAAAAUCAGAGAUUUUGCAAGUAUUUCUUGAAGGAAGAUCUAGAAAAAAAUUCGCUGAGGUUGGUGCAGACCAUAUCGAUGUCAAGCAGCCGUUCAUCACUGAUGAUGAGGACAUAGAUGAGAUGAUUGUGGAAGAUGCUGAUAAUGAAUCUGAUGAAGAAGAGGAUGAAGAUUUGUUUGAUUCAAUAUGUGCCAUUUGUGACAAUGGAGGAGACAUAUUAUGCUGUGAUGGCCCAUGUAUGCGCUCUUUCCAUGCAAAAGAAGGAAGUGGUGAAGACUCCUACUGUGAUACCCUUGGAUACACUGAGGCAGAAGUUGAGGCAAUGAAAUUAUUUCUGUGCAAGAACUGUGAAUAUAAGCAACACCAGUGUUUCAUCUGCGGAGUGUUGGAACCUUCAGAUGGAGCAGCAGCUAAGGUAUUUUUAUGUAACAAUGCUACAUGUGGGCACUUUUACCACCCGAAAUGUGUUGCCCAGCAACUUCACCCUAACAACAUUGAUGAAGCCUCAGAAUUGGAGAAGAAGAUAACAGAAGGGUUUUCAUUUACGUGCCCAAUUCACUGGUGCUUUCAUUGCAAAGGUUUGGAGGAUAGAACACAAGGGCCUUUGCAAUUUGCUGUUUGCAGACGCUGUCCGAAGUCAUAUCACAGAAAGUGUUUACCAAGAGAAAUUUUCUUUGAUGAAAUUGAAGAGGAGGGCGUCAUCAUACGGGCUUGGGAAUUAUCGAAAAGAAUUUUGAUAUACUGCCUGGACCAUGAGAUUGAUAGUGACAUUGAGACACCUGUCAGAGAUCAUAUAAAGUUUCCAAAGAUUGAAAAACCACUUCAAUUUGUAAAGGGUGCUAACUUGUUGCGUAAGAAGAAAAAGAGGACUUACAGUGAGACAGUUCUUGAGCAACCGCCAAAAGAUACUGUGAAGAUGAAAAGCAAGAUUCGCAUGCAAGAAAGAGAACAAAACAAACAAAACACCAGAGAAGUUUCUGCGAAGAGUUUCACUGAAAACCCUGUUGACAGACCUGUAAAGAAAAAAGCCAAGUUGAAAGAGAAAAUACAGUUGCCAUAUGUGGCCAAGGAUCAUUCUGUAAGCAGUCCAAAAUCUGUGAAAGAGCAAGAACAAGAGUUACCUUCUUUGCCCUUAUCUGCCACUAGGAAGACUCCCCCGAGUUUAUUUCCUAUAGUGGACAGUGAAACUGAAAAGAGAGUGAUUACCAUAUUGAGAAAUAAAGUCUCUUCGUUGACAAUAAAAGAUGUUACAAGGAACUGCAGUUUGCCAUCAACUCAUGUAUACUCUGGCAGACUGACUGACAAGAUACCACAGGGAAAACUUGAGCGUUCUGUUCAGGCUGUAGAAGCAGCUUUAAAAAAGCUGGAAAAUGGAGGUAGUGUCAAUGAUGCUAAAGCAGUAUGUGAACCUGACGUUUUGAGACAGCUUGCAAGGUGGCAUAGUAAACUCAGAGUAUAUAUAUCUCCUUUUAUUCAUGGCACAAGGUACAGUUCUUUUGGUCGACAUUUUACAAAGGUGGAGAAACUUGUUGAGAUUGUUGAUAGACUUCACUGGUAUGUGGAACCUGGUGACACGAUAGUAGAUUUCUGCUGUGGGGCAAAUGAUUUUAGCCGGCUUAUGAAAGAAAAACUUGACAAAGAUCAGAAAAAGUGCAAUUUCAAGAAUUAUGAUCUUAUCCAACCACAGCAUCGCUUUUGCUUUGAAAAGAGGGACUGGAUGACUGUGCAGCCAAAUGAGCUGCCUCGUGGAUCCCAACUAAUUAUGGGGCUUAAUCCUCCUUUUGGAGUCAAAGCAAGUCUUGCAAACAAAUUUAUUGACAAAGCAUUGACAUUCAAGCCUAAGCUGAUUAUACUAAUUGUCCCUAAAGAAACUAAAAGGUUAGAUCAGAAGAGGACACCUUAUGAUUUGAUUUGGGAGGACAGUGAGGUUCUUGCUGGGAAGUCCUUCUAUUUGCCUGGUUCUGUGGAUCUUAAUGAUAAAACAGUUGAAGGGUGGAAUGCAUCUGCACCACCCCUCUAUUUGUGGAGUCAUCCUCAUUGGACAAAGAAGCACAUGCAAGUGGCUGAAGAGCGUGGUCACACUUGUAUGGGGAAGAUAGCUUGCCAUGUUGAAGAGAAUAAUCUUUCAGAUGAUCUGCCCGUGAGGAAACAAUCUGAGGCUACAAAAAAAUGGAACUCCAGAUCAGGGAAAGAGACUACAUGCAAUGACAGAAAGGCCAAUCUACUUGAUGGUCCUACUAAGAAGCAAGCAAGAUCUGAAGAAGAGAAGGAAACUCUAGGGAAGAUAGAACACCAUGUGAAAGAGGCUAAUAUACCAGAUAACCUCCCAGUGAAGAAACAAGCUGAAGCUUCCAGCAAAGUCAUAUCUCAUUCGGGAAAAGAUAGAGAGAAUGGCAGGUACAACAGCAGGAGAUAUGAUAACAGGAGUAGGAAGUGGACACCUGAUCACGUAGAGAGCCUCCCCCCUGAAAAGCAAGUGGAAGUUGCAUAUGUAGAAACAAAAGUUAUUAUUCCUAGCAAAAAGAUCACUCAUAAAGAACAAAGAGGUGCUUGCCGUGAAAAUAGAAGUUCUUGUGUGGAGGAAACUAAGAGCGCUCGGUACAACUACGAGAAAAUUGCAGCAGCGAUGUCGAACAUGAGGUCCAGAGAGGGAGGGGAUUCUGACAUGAGUAUCUCACCCCCAGUCAGUAGCAAUGCUCGAAGCAAAUCCAUGAGCUAUUCCCCCUCGAGACCAAUUGAACACUUUGAUACGACAGCUCACCCGGAUAAAUACAUUGACUCUGUGCUCAAUAGAGCUGCUCAUCAGGACAGUUGUUUGGCAUUUAACAGGAAAUAUGAUCCUAUCUUUACUGACAUUGAUGAUAGCUCAAGGAUGAGGGGUUUCAGCAUCGAAGAAGUGACCAAGCCGUAUAUUACUGCUCCAACCAGUGAUCCGUACCGCUUACAGUCUAGAGGAGAUGGCAGCUUCUACAGGCAUCCGAGCUCAGAGGAUUUAAACAUCAAUGCUGAUGUGCAUAUGCAAGGAUACAGUGCAAGAUAUGGACAAAAUGGUGGUGACAGUUACCCACAAGCUCGUACGGUUCCACUAGCAACAGACUCGCAAACACAUCAAAGAAUGCAUAGUGGAACAAGUGCUGAUAAUUACCUGUCGACAGGAUACUCCCUUGGAUCUUCAGGUGCUCGCUUUAGCCAACCAGCUUCAACUGUUCCCUGUUUUGGGCUCCCAGGUGCAAGUUCACAACGAGGCUCAAGCUCAGUAAUGGACAAGUAUUCUUAUGGGCUCUCGGGUCCGACUGUACCACAGAGCUCAGUCAUUGACAGAUAUGCUGCAUCCCUCGAUGGAACGAGCUCCUUGCCUGAACAGUACCCGUUCAGACAAUCUGGCUCUUCCCGUGGCGGGUGGCCUAAUAUCUGA